CCGUCCUGCCGGGGCCGGAGUUGGGGGGAUGUCCUUGGCCUUCCCUGUGGGCCGGAGGCAAAUCCCCUGCCUGUCCUUCUUGCUUCCUGCCCCAGGCCCCGAGCUGAGGACGGAGAGCCCGGAGGACAAAUCCCCCCGUGAGACCCUGGUGGGAGAGGCCGUUUUGAAGGGCUCCCCGGCGCAGGAAGGCAGCGGGGAGGAAAAGGGCCGGAGAUCCCCCCGCAGGAGGGGCUCCAAAGCCAUCCCAGGGUGCUCUGAGGAGCAAAGAGCCAGCCUGUGCUGGGAAGGCGGCCGGAGCUUGAGGGGGAGCUCUGACCUGGUGGUCCCUGAGCAGCCUCCCAGCAGGGAGAAGCCCUUCAGGUGCUUGGAAUGUGGGAAGAGCUUCAGUUGGAGCUCUCACCUCCUCACCCACCAGCACAUCCACACUGGGGAACGGCCUUACCCGUGUGGGGAAUGUGGGAAGAGCUUCAGGACCAGCUCCAACCUGAUCCGACACCAGCGCAUCCACACUGGGGAACAGCCCUACACGUGUGGAGAAUGUGGGAAGAGCUUCAACCGGAGUUCCCACCUCUUCACCCACCAGCACAUCCACACUGGGGAACGGCCCUACACGUGUGGGGAAUGUGGGAAGGGGUUUCAGACCAGCUCAGAUCUCCUGAAGCACAAGGCAACACACACAGGGGAGUGGGCCUUCCACUGCACCUACUGUGGGAAGGGCUUCAACCGGAACUCCACCCUUGUCACCCACCGACACAUCCACACUGGAGAGAGGCCCUACAAGUGCUUGGAAUGUGGGAAGAGCUUCAGUCAGAGCUCUCACGUGCUCCGACACCAGGACAUGCACACUGGGGCACGUCCCUACACGUGUGGAGAAUGUGGGAAGAGCUUCAGCCAGAACUACCACCUCCGCACCCAUCAGCGCAUCCACAGCGGGGAACGACCCUACAAGUGUGAGGAAUGUGGGAAGAGCUUCAGCCGGAGGUACCACCUCUGCACCCACCAGCGCAUCCACAGUGGGGAACGGCCGUACACAUGUGAGGAAUGUGGGAAGAGCUUCAACCGGAGCUUUCACCUUCGUUCCCACCAGCACAUCCACACUGGAGAAUGUCCUUACACGUGUAGGGAAUGUGGGAAGAGCUUCAGUCACAGCUCCACCCUCCGCAAACACCUUCGCAUCCACACUGGGGAACGGCCCUACAAGUGCUUGGAAUGUGGGAAGAGGUUUCCAACCCGGGGGAAUCUCUACAGGCAUGAGCGGACGCACAGGGAUGAGAGGCCCUUCUGCUGCACCGACUGCGGGAAACGGUUCAAGGAGAAAUCCCAUCUUGUCACCCACCGGCGCAUCCACACCGGGGAGAGGCCCUACAAGUGUGGGGAGUGUGGGAAGAGAUUCACCCAGAUUGGUGUCUUGACCAAACACCAACGCAUCCACACUGGGGAACGGCCCUACACGUGUAGGGAAUGUGGGAAGAGCUUCAGGCAGAGUUCCAACCUGAUCCAACACCAGCACAUCCACACUGGGGAACGGCCUUACACAUGUGGGGAAUGUGGGAAGAGUUUCAGUGACAGGGCCAACCUAUGCAGACACCAGCUCAUCCACACCAGGGAACGGCCCUACAAGUGCUUGGAAUGUGGGAAGAGCUUUCAGCGCAGCUCAACUCUCCUCAGGCAUGAGCGGACGCACACGGAUGAGAGGCCCUUCCGCUGCUCUGACUGCGGGAAAGGCUUUAAGCAGAACUCCCACCUUGUCACACACCAGCACAUCCACACCGGGGAGAGGCCCUACAAGUGUGGGGAGUGUGGGAAGAGCUUCACCCAGAGCUCUAACUUGACCAGACACCAACGGACCCAUCAGUAAGGGAAGCCCUGUGACUGCCCCGACUGCGGGAAGAGCUUCGGCCGCUGCUUCCACCCCGAAUGAAGCCCCUGAUGUUGAGGCAACCCCUGGAGUCCAGUGACUGUCAGUCCAUCCCUUUUGACCACAAAGGGCCAGUCCCCUUUCCCAGGGGCAGUUUCUUCCAACAGAUCCCUUCUUGGGGGUGUGUGUGUUGAGAUUCCUGCCUUGGCUGGGGACUCCUCAA